CCUUUUCGGAGAAAACAUUAUCAAGUACUUGGACAAUACAUUAGCCUUAUGAACGUCAGUUGCACAACAAAUUUAACGGCGUGCGGACUCAAUUUAAAAGCAAAGAAUCCCUGUCGGUUGUCUAUCUAUACGUAAGACGGAUAAUUUAGUAAUAAAAUUUAGUGACUUUCAUCCUCAAGAUUAUACCCUCCAAAUUUUAUUUCAGUGAAGUGUUUGUUUAUUUUUUUUUAGAAGAAAAAAAUAGUGUGAAUAUUUUGUGUCUUACAAGAACUUUCAAUACUAAAUAAGAUCAUCAUGUUAAGUUCAUUUGAUGGAGAUAAGCAAAAUGGCAAUUGUUCUGCACAAUACGAAGGAAAUGGAGUUCAGUAUCCAGAUGUCUUCAAUCAACUCUACCUGGACACCUAUCGGAGAUCCAUUGAGAAUCCCGAGGAAUUUUGGGGAGAAUUGGGACAGCAAUUGAUUGACUGGGAUAUACCUUUUGAGAAGGUUCUCGAUCACUCCAAUCCCCCAUUUACCAAAUGGUACAUUGGAGGUUACUUAAAUGCCUGCUAUAACUGCAUCGAUCGCCAUGUUCUGACUGGAAAGGGAGACAAAGUAGCCCUAAUCCACGACAGUCCUAUGACCAAUACAGUCCGCAAAGUGACCUAUCAGGAGUUGUACGACAAAGUCAGUAGUCUUGCUGGUGGUUUGCGUCAACUCGGGGUCCAGAAAGGUGACCGAGUGGUGAUCUAUAUGCCCCUGAUACCCGAAGUAGUCAUGGCAAUGCUGGCAACAGUUCGCCUAGGUGCCAUCCAUUCAGUUGUUUUUGGAGGAUUUGCUGCCAGUGAACUCUGCACCAGAAUUGAACAUGCUGAACCUAAGGUUGUUAUUGCGGCAGACUGUGGGGUUGAACCCAAUAAAAUAAUCCCUUACUUGGACAUUUUGCACGAUGCCAUUGAGAUGUCAUCGUGGAAGCCCGUUUGCAAUGUGAUCUUUCAGAGAGCUAAUGUCUUACAGUCUCCUACAGAUCCCAAAACUGAUAUUCUCUGGGAAAAAGUUAUGACUUUGGGAGAAAAAGCCGAAUGUGUUCCCGUUGAGGCAAGUGAUCCUCUGUACAUUCUGUACACUUCGGGUACAACGGACAAACCCAAGGGAGUCCAGCGUCCAACUGGAGGACAUUUAGUCACUCUAGCCUACACCUGUACCUCAAUCUACGGCAUUCAGCCGGAUGAUGUUUGGUGGGCUGCAUCGGAUCUAGGCUGGGUUGUAGGACACUCCUACAUUUGCUACGCUCCCCUCCUUCAUGGAUGCACAUCAGUGAUGUACGAGGGAAAACCGGAUCGUACUCCAGAUCCCGGCCAAUACUUUCGUAUCAUCGAACAACACAAAGUUAACGCAAUCUUUUCAGUCCCAACAGCCUUUAGAGUUAUCCGUCGAGUAGAUCCUGAGAUAAAGUGCGGCUCAAAGUAUAGCCUCAAAUCUUUGAGGACCAUCUUCAUAGCCGGGGAACACUGUGACUUGGAGACUAAGCUGUGGAUGGAAAAUGUCUUCAAAGUUCCAGUUCUCAAUCACUGGUGGCAAACUGAAACCGGAUCAGCCAUUACAGCCACUUGCCUAGGCUACAACCACAGCCUCAAUCCUCCAAAAUUCACAACAGGUCUCCCCUACGUUGGCUACGAAGUUGAAGUCUUACUACCAGAUGGUUCUCAUGCCGAACCCAACGAACUCGGUCGUAUUGCCAUCAAGCUACCCCUUCCUCCUGGCAACAUGUCCAAUCUCUACAAAAAUCCCGACCUCUUUGACAAAAUCUACUUUCGGAAGUAUCCCGGAUACUACGACACAAUGGAUGCUGGGUACAAAGAUGAGAGUGGAUAUAUCUUUGUAACAGCACGAGAUGACGAUGUGAUCAACGUUGCCGGUCACAGAAUCUCAACAUCCAGCCUUGAGGAUGCUGUCCUCAGGCACCCGGAUGUUGGAGAUGCGGCUGUUUUUGGAGUUCCUGAACCCACAAAAGGAGAAGUUCCCCUUUGUCUUUACGUUACGAAGAACGAUGUCACCAAACCUUCUAAUAAACUUUCUGUCGAACUGAUUAAGAUCAUUCGAGAAGUUAUCGGACCAAUAGCGGCCUUCAGACUUGUUGCCCGAGUUCAGGCUCUUCCACGAACAAGAUCGGGCAAAACCAUGAGGAAAUCCAUGGCAGAUUUUGCCCGGAACAAAUUAGUGGUUCUUCCAGCAACAAUUGAGGAUGCAUCCGUUUUCACAGACAUCCGGCGAGCUCUCCAAGAACUCGGCUAUGCAAUGACAGCCCCAGAUCCCGUUCUCACCCUCCGGAAGAUGUGAAAAUCCCCUCACCUCAUCCAUCAAAAAAAAUCUUGCUUUUCAUGUACAUAAGCCUCAAAAAAAACUAAAUUCAAGCAGAAAACUGGACAUUUUGCGAUAUCUUCAGAAAAACAAAAAUUGGUACCACAAAUGGCAUUUACCAGAAAUUUCUAUCUCUUAUUGUUAUAUUUUUAAGGCAUCUCUCAACAACAAAAAAAAUGGUGUGUCAGUUAAAA